UUUUUUAUAACAACACAAUGGAAAGCACAUUAAACAGCAUUAUUACCGCUGCAUUCGAGAAACUGAAAGCUGAAGGAAAGAACACAGUGGAAGGACUGCUACAGUGGCUGAAGAGUAAGAAGCUCCUUGCUACAGAGGCCGCUGAAAACCACGCCAGGGAACUACUUUCAGCGGGAGCCACUGAAGGAAAAGUGCAACUAGACCAGUUUAAGCAAGUGGUCCAGAAAACAGCUGAAGAAAGCAAGGUAGGGGCGGAACAGGUCUUGGACAUGGUGCGUGACCACGGCAACUCGUUUGUGGGUACCGUCGCUGGAAGCGCCAAGAAGUUGGGUAAUCUACUGCUUAAAGAUAAAAAAGAAUAGCAGUUACAAGUUUUAAUUUUGAUAUGGAGUAUGGCAUAAUAAAGUGAAAAUAGUAACCCUACAUGCUCAGUCUAUAUUUCAUACUGUUAAAUAUUAUUUUAAUUACACAAAAUGUACCUACUUAAUUCAAUUGAAAUGCUGAAAAACUU